GCCCAUCCUGCGCUGAAGGAUACGGCCGCUGGGCGUGCGGGGCGUGCAGAUGGAAACGUUUUACCCGUUGUGUUUUCAAUUAAAUCAGGAAAGUUUUGUUUGUGGUAGCUAGUUAAGGAGAAGUGGGAACUAGUAUCUUCUUUCUUUUAAAAUGUUCCUGCUGUAGAACUCAGCCUUCGGGGUUGUGCGCGGGGCGUUCCUGGGGAUGAACGCCUGGCCUGGCACCUGCGAGCUUUUGGCCACAGGCCGCGAGCCUUUUUGGAGCUACGCCCAAAAUGUUGUCACGGCCAUCAAUCUCUGCUUGCCAGCACACCGACUGAAGUCUCUGGACAGGCUCGUUUCUCUUCCUUGCCAGAGGCCAAGCGCCCAAAUGGGGUCUCUCAACACAACAAACUUCAUUACAAAGCUUUCUGCUUUAUGUCUGAGGAAAACCAAGAUGCAGUACAGGCACCAAAGUAACAGACGACCAACAGCUCCACUCGGAUCACGGAUUUUAACUGAUCCUUCUAAGGUCUUCGAGCAUAACAUGUGGGACCACAUGCAAUGGUCACAAGAAGAGGAGGAGAAUGCCAAGAAAAAAGCAACAGAGAAUUCUCUUGUGAAAGUUCAAUCGGAAGACCAAGAUAAAUAUGAGAGAGAAGCCAGUAAAUACUGGAAUGAAUUUUACAAGACACAUAAAAAUAACUUUUUCAAGGAUCGCAAUUGGCUGUUUCUGGAGUUUCCAGAAAUUCUUCCAGAAAAAAGGAGACAAGAGUUCAAAACAGAAAAAAUAUCUUUGGAACACACAAAAAUAAAUAAUGACAGCAGUUUUUCACUCAAAAAUGGAAUGUUUGAAGAAGGAGAAAAGUACUGGGAGAAAAAUUAUGGAUCUGGUUCUACUACUGUACAAGAAUAUGUAUAUAAUAAAAAUCAAGUAAAAGCUCUUAGUGCCAAUCCUCAAGGUAAAAAGUGUGGAGAAGAUCUUGGCAGGGUAGAAUCCUUCCCUGGUUGCGAUGCCACAUACCGAAUAUUAGAGGUUGGUUGUGGAGCUGGAAACAGUGUCUUUCCUAUUCUGAAGGUUCUAUGCAAUACACCUGGAACCUUUCUGUACUGUUGUGAUUUUGCUUCAGGAGCAGUGGAGCUGGUAAAGUCACAUUCGUCCUACAAUUCAGCCUGGUGUUCUGCCUUUGUUCAUGAUGUGUGUGAUGAUGCUUUACCCUAUCCUUUUCCAGAUGAGAUCCUGGAUGUCAUUCUCCUUGUCUUUGUGCUCUCUACUAUUCAUCCUGACAGGUGGUGCUGCCUUUUUGGUCUGUUGCAGCAAACGUGGUUGCUUAUGUUUGGUUGCAAACUUGGUUGCAAACUUGUUUGCAAACUUCACCAGCAUCUCAUCUAUUCUCUAAGGAUGCAAGGGGUUGUGAAUAGGUUGGCUAAGCUACUGAAGCCUGGAGGAAUGUUGUUAUUUCGAGACUACGGAAGAUAUGAUACAGCUCAACUUCGUUUUAAAGAAGGUCAUUGCUUGUCAGAAAAUUUUUAUGUAAGAGGAGAUGGAACCAGAGUAUAUUUCUUUACCAAAGAUGAGGUAUGGAACAUGUUCACCCUGGCUGGAUUAACUGAAGUACAGAAUUUAGUUGAUCGGCGAUUACAAGUAAACAGAAAGAAAAAAGUGAAAAUGCAGCGAGUUUGGAUACAAAGCAAGUUCCAGAAGCCAUUGCUAUCUCUGCAUAUUCCUGAAGAAAGCACCAAAAGGCACCCUUGUAAAUAAUUUUACUCCAGGAAUGUAGUACAGAAUUGAAAUUCAGAAACUGAAGCAAAUUUAAGUAUGUGUAUUUUCAUUUAAGUAUGUGUAAAUGUUUUGUUAGCCACUGUAAAAUAUAAAAGAGUUCAAUAAAUGUAUUGAACUGAAAA